AACUUAGCCGCUCGUGUUGGCGGGGUAGCUGGAGUCCCUGGCUGGCUCAGUAGCGCGAUUGGUGCGGUUGAUAGUCCCCCCCCAGCUACGUGUUCUGCUAGCGUGGCUGGAAUUGUCAGCAGCAGCGGGAGUGGUGCUGGUUGUGGUGGUAAUGAUAAUUGCAAUGCAAGUGGUGGUGGUGCUAGUGUAAGCAUUAGCGGAACCGAUAUUUCCUCAACUAGCUGUCCUUCGAUUAGUGCCAAUGGAGGCGGAGUUUUUGAACCUUUGGCCACUUCCUGUGGUUCGACUACUACAAAGGAGGCCAAUUGCCAUGGCGAAGAUGAACCAUCAGAUAUUACUAGGUCUGGUGUUACUUCAACUGAAUGA